AUUCGACAAAGCCGUUUGCUAAAAGUUGUGCAAAAAUAAAUUAAAUAAAGAUUUAACAAUUAACGAAGAUAAAUCAUGUCAGAACAAAAAGAAUCCGCUCAAACGAAGGCUUAUAACAUUCGUCAAAAUGAUCAAGUGGGAAGGUAUAUGGUUGCAAGUAGAGAAUUAAAACCAGGUGAAGAAAUUUUAACCGAGAUGCCAUUUGUUGUUGGACCAAAAGCUUUCACUUAUCCCUUGUGUCUUUCUUGUUAUGCACCAUGGUCAUCCAGCCUUGAAGAGAAACCACUUUGUUCGAAAUGCAGUUGGCCGGUCUGUGGCCCGGAAUGUGAAAAUCAACCACAACAUAAAGACUACGAGUGUCUGGUGUUCGUAGAAGCAAAAGAAAAAUUUAACAUAGCCGCAGCUUUGGAACAAAAUAACGAAAAUGGAAUUCCCCAAUUGGAAUGUAUCACACCUCUUAGAUUAUUAUUGGAGUCAUUAAAAAAUCCCGAAAGAUGGGAAAAGGAAGUGAAAAAUAUGGAGGCCCAUAAUAAAAUGAGAAUUCAAAAACCACAUUGGAAAUCGGAUCACGUGAACGUCGUUGAAUAUUUAAGGAAACAACUUAAAUUUGAUAAAUUUUCCGAAGAAGAAAUACAAACGGCUUGUGGUAUCUUGGAAAUUAAUACUUUUGAAAUAAGAACGUCGAGAGGAUUCACUGCUAGAGCACUUUAUCCAACAGUUGCAAUGAUGAAUCAUUCUUGUGUUUCAAACACAUGUCAUAGUGUAUCCCCCUCGGAUUACAGGGUAUUCUUACGCACUACUACCAUGGUACCUGAGGGCGGUGAACUUUACGGAAGUUACACGCAUUCUCUAUUACCAACAAUGCUUAGAAGGGAACACCUUCUCGAAGGGAAACACUUUGCGUGUGCUUGCCCACGUUGUUCCGAUCCAACCGAGCUGGGAACUCACAUGUCUACGUUGAAAUGUAAUAAAUGUGAUAAUGGGAUUGUUUUACCGUUGGAUUCUUUAGAUGAGAAUAGUGUAUGGAAAUGUACUCAUUGUGAAUUCUCAACUCCUGGCAAAGCGGUUAAAAAAGUCUUCCAAAUAAUCUCUGCCGACGUUGAAGCUGUCGAAAACAUAAGUGGUGCUGAUGGGGCUGAUGCCAUUCAAGAGAGAGAAACUGUUAUUAAAAAAUAUCAUUCGGUUUUACAUCCACGACAUGCUUUUCUUACAAUGUUGAGGCAUUCGUUGACUCAAAUGUAUGGUCGAGUCGAUGAAUAUUUAUUGGAUGAUUUACCAAUUGUAGUGUUAGAACACAAAGUUGACAUGUGUAAAUUAUUACUUCAAGUAUUGAACGUCAUAGAACCUGGUUACUCGCGAAUAAGAGGGAUGACAUUGUACGAAUUACACGCACCUCUCCUUUUCUUGGCAAAGGAUCAAUGGAAUGCCGGUACUAUCGAUCAAGCUGGAUUAAAAUCAAAAAUGAUAGAAGCUUUGGUAAUAUUGAAAGAAGCUGCAACUAUCUUAACUUUAGAACCUGCAGAUACACCAGAAGGUCAAAUAGGAAUUGUCGCUAAACAAUCAUUAGAACAACUCGAACAAUCUAUUCAAGAAUUAUAAUUUAUUUAUAGAAUUAAUUGAUAUAUAAUAUUAUUUAUGAAUGUAUGUAUUAUAUGUAUAAUU